UCUUGUACAAUGUUUACAUUGUGACUAAAUUUGUACUUUCAGUGUAGAAUAAACAGAAAAUCUGUUUUCGUUGACAUCACAACAUAUAUUUAGUGAACUGCGUUACGUUUCUGUCAGUUUCUGUCACCUUCCAGAUCUUUUUUUCCCACUUAUUUUCCCUUUUCCUUUCUCUUUUUCAUAAUUUUCUUUGGCAUGUAUCUAGUCUAAGGUAUAACAUGAUUUUGUUCUAUAAUUUCAGUAAAAUAGCACAGGUUUAGAAAAGAGAUGCAACAAUCCUGAUAAUAACACACAUGCGUAUAAAACGUGUUUAACAAUGAAUCUUGCAUUUUCAUCCUUAAAUCUCACUUUCUGGAUAUAGAAAGAGAAUCUAAAAACAUUGCAGUUUGCUUCAAUAGUCAGUUUUCUUUCGGCCGUGAGACUAACUGGUUGGGAAUCCUAUUAAAAAAAAGCAAUUAAGUAAUAAUACAAAUUAAUGUGUUACAUUUGAAAUAACGUUGUGAUGAAGGUCCUUCAAUUAACUUUUAUUUUAAACAACGUUUGACGUAGUAUUUCUAUGAUUGUUUACUAAUGCCUUGUAAUACACACGGGGGAAUCAACAUGGGAGUUUCAAAAAAUGUAGGCAACCAAUGACCUGCCUCAUGCGGUUACCUAUGAGUCGCUCACUUAAUGACUGAUAUUGAUAUAUGGUAAUUUUUUUUUACCGGAUCACAUGACACAAUUACCUCAAGAAUCGAUCAAGAUGAAUUGCACGUCAGCGUACGUUUCCGAUUUUUUCUUCCUCACUAGUCCUAUCCACACGCAUAUGGUGCAAUAGAUGGGCAAAGUUUAACAGUCAAGCUGACGGUUUUUCCUCUCUAAGGCUAAAGCGAGCAAUGACCGACUACGAUGAUCGCAGCAACUGUGCAUCUAAUAUGUAUUUACCAUACUAUGUUCCAGAUUUCUCGUCAGUCUCAUCGUUUUUACCGCAAACAACGUCGUGUCAAGUAAAUUUCCCCUAUUCUUCGAACAUAGCGCAAGUCCAACCUGUUCGUGAAGUGACUUUCAGGGACUAUGGACUGGAUCAUCCGAGCAAAUGGCAUUACAGGGGCAAUUACGCUUCGUACUAUUCAACGGAGGAGAUAAUGCACCGAGAUCUCCUACAGUCAACAAACAGAGCGGAAAUUAUUUUUAAAAACGAUUCCAUGUAUAGCCAUCACGGUGGUACUAACUCCUCGUGCAAUUUCUUCACCAACGUCGGCCGAAAUGGGGUACUUCCACAAGGAUUUGAUCAGUUUUUUGAGACUGCUAACUCCGAGAAGCCCAACCCUGAGCAGUCCGAACAAAAGCCAGAUACAAGUGUCCCCGGAGAUGCUGCAUGUAAUGUGUCUUCAGAUAGCGCGGAGCAGACCAAACAAGACCCUACAGAAACCAUGGAGGAGGAAUCCUUAAUAUCAACCUGCGAUGAAGAGAAGAACAACGGCUCAAGUGCAACAAAGUCCAGAAAAAAGAGAUGCCCAUAUUCGAAAUACCAGAUCCGAGAACUUGAACGAGAAUUUUUUUUCAAUGUGUACAUAAACAAAGAGAAACGUCUGCAGUUGUCAAGAAUGCUCAGUCUUACAGACCGACAAGUGAAGAUUUGGUUCCAGAACCGAAGGAUGAAAGAGAAAAAGUUGAACCGAGAUCGUCUCCAGUAUUUCACAGGAAACCCAUUGUUCUGAAAGUCAUGAUACUGGCCGCUUCGGGAGACGAUGGCUAUUCUAUUAUGUCAUGACUGUGGGACAUCAUCCAUUCGUCGGACACAUGACUUAUUUUCACGUCAACUCUGUAUUUUACUAUGCAAAAUACUUGCUAUCAAAAAUGAAUUUUAUCCGCAAUUAAAAUUCUGCACAAAUUAUCUACAACAAUGUAUCCGCGAUGAGGGAAAUUAUCAGUUAUCAGGAACAUGGGUACCUCGACAAUCUCUUCAUACUCUGUGUUAAUGCCAUUGAAAUGCAGUAGCUUUGUAUUUGUAUUUAUUUAUUGCAUUGUUCAUCGAAAUACAUUGAACAAUACACACUUGCGUAAGCAACAAACGUUUGGUUACAUCAAAUCAAUACGUAAUUACAUUGAGGUAGAACUGUGUAUGCAUUUAUUCGUUUGAAGCAUGUAAUGUAUCUAUGUAUUAAAUAAAAAUACAGCAAGUUAUUUGCAAAUUUCUA